UGCCGUGCUCCAUGCCCUCUGAAUAUGGGGAGCCAUGGGAAGUCCCGCCGGCCAGAAAGCCUCAAGGCAGUGCUGCUUGCACAGCUUCGCAAUCGGCAAGCAUCUGAAAAGGAGCUGCAGAAGGCGUUAUCCAAGCUUCGUCAAAGAAGCUGGCUGACUGGUGCGAAGGAGUAUGCCAUUGCUAUGGGAAGCUUGGGGCGCCGAUCACUGUGGCUGGAGGCCUUUGCCUUGUGGAAGGAGAUGCAAUUUCGCUCUUUGGAGUCCGACAUUGUCCUGUGGAACUCGCUGGCAAGCGCUGCCAAUGAUGCUGGCAGGUGGCCACAAGCGCAUGCUCUCUUGAAGCAGGCCCCUGCCGCCAACCUGCCAUUGACUACUGUGUCCCUGACUACGCUGGCACAGAGGCAAUGGUGGGAGUUUUCGCUGCUGCUCUUGCAAACGGCCGAAGACCUCGGUAUGCACACCAGUGCUUUGUGCAAUGCAGCUAUCAGUGCUUGUGCUGCGCAACAACUAUGGCAGCGAGCCGUAUGCCUUUUAAGCUUGGCGCGGAAAGCGCCACCCGGCGCAGAUGUCAUUGCCUUCAGUGCUUGCAUCACUGCCUGUGAAGGAGCGCAUGCGUGGCAAAAUGCGCUGGCCAUUUUCGGCCUUUUAGGCAAGGCAGACGCUGUGGCAUACAGCGCGUGUAUCAAUGCUUGUGGUCGAGGCCAACAGUGGCAAACCGCCCUGGGUCUUAUGCAGGAGAUGCGGUCUUUGUUUCUGAAGCCCAAUGCGGUGACUUGGACCUCCCUGACUGCAGCAUGUUCUCUUGGCGCUUGGACCCAAGCGUUAGCAAUGCUUGCUGUAUCCAAGACCCAUCAGGCUUUGAGUGCCGUGGUCACUGGUGCCACCAUUGCUGCCUGCGAGGUUUGCAGGUACUGGCGACAAGCUUUGGGCUUGGUGGAGGACUUGAAUGCAGUUGCAGUCGAUCCAACCAUCGUAACCCGGCACGCAGUUGACACAAAACAUGGACAAGUUGUUUUGGAAUCGCUUUGGUAUUACAUUUUCCGUCAGAGAGCUGGAAGCAAUGUCUUCUCUUAGUGCCAGUUGUUUGUGGUCUUGAAGCUUGUCUCCCAGUCUGUAUUUGACGCCAGAGUCCUUUUAAUCCGAGUUGGUUGCCAGCAGAGGGUUUGAAAGAAGCCUUGCCUUGUCGAAGAGGAAUGCAAUUGACUGACGUUCGUGCCUUUUUGCGCAAUCCAACCGCUCUGACACCGUUCCUUUCAGUCGGCCCCUGGUCCUCUUCCCCCGAAAUUGGCUUCCCAAGCCUCGGUUCCGCCCUGGAUCGUCUAGCCUGAGACAAACAUUGCCGAUGACUUCCGUAUUGCCUCAUGAUAUGAGGAGCGCCCCGUUCGUAGCGUCCUUGCUUUGUUCGUAGCGACGCCCUUUGUUACUAGUAGAGAUGCCCUUGCUCCUAGUAGCAAAAAGGCUAUGAUGUUCCUAUUGAGCCAAAUCAAGUCUCAGCAUAUCCAGAAAGAUGUUUUUUUUGCGUUCAAUGCGCAAACAUCACCACUGUGAAGUUGGACGGUUCACCAGUUGCCAUACACGUUCUGUAAGAGACCGA